GCUUCCGUUAUUCGCAGCUGUCGUCCAAUGUCGACGCGGAUCCGGACAAUUUUACCGCGCCCCUGGCAUGGGAAAUAGCCAUGGGCUGGGGGGCACGUCACCGCCCAAAUUAUCCCAAAGCUUAUAAAAUUGGCAGGAUGCCCAGAGAUAUUCUGCAGCUUCGCUCAUAUCAACCCAAUAAGCAAAGACAGUCACCAACAUGCGAUUCCAACUUGCAACCGCCCUGACAAUUGCGUCGGCGACGCUCUCAGUUGCGUCUCCAACAUUUGAGGCUGUGAGUAACUGGGGGAAGAGCAACGCUGGCCAGAAACGACCAGAUCACACCUCGUCCCGACCAAAUGUCAAGUGCCACCCCCACAAACCCCAUGUGCCACCUCCAUCUCCUGCAGCGCGCCACAAGGUGUGCUACGCGAAGAGCCACGGGGAUGGCAAGACAGACGACACGCCGUAUAUCAUGAAGGCGCUGCAUGACUGCAACAAUGGCGGGCAUGUUGUUUUCAGGGAGGGGGUUCAGUAUUUCAUAGGCACCGCAAUGGAUUUGACUUUCUUAAACCACAUUGACCUUGACAUCCAAGGAAUGUGGCUCUUCUCUAAUGACACCGACUACUGGCAAGCCAACUCUUUCCCAUUCGUCUUCCAGAACGUAACCUCGUUUUUCAAACUGGGUGGCAACGACGUCAACAUAUACGGUGGCGGAACUAUCGACGGCAACGGACAAGCUUGGUAUGAUUUAUAUGCCAAGGAUAUCUACACUCUUCGCCCAGUCCUCUUCGGUGUUGACGGUCUUAAGAACUCGAUAUUGAGCGAUUUGGUACUGCGUUAUUCGCCACAGUAUUAUCAUUUCGUCGCUAAUUCUAGCAAUGUUAUUUUUGAUAACAUCAACAUUGCAGGAGGAAGUAACAGUGCAAACCCAGCGAAGAACACGGAUGGCUGGGACACCUACAGGAGUACGGAUAUCACGAUUCAAAAUUCUUACAUCGUUAAUGGUGAUGAUUGCGUUGCGUUUAAACCAAACAGCACCAACAUCCUGAUCCAAAACCUCGUCUGCAAGGGCUCCCACGGUAUAUCCGUCGGUUCUCUCGGCCAAUAUGUUGGCCAAUUUGACAUUGUCGAAAAUGUCCAUGUCUACAACAUAUCUAUGACUGACGCCUCUGACGGUGCCCGCAUCAAGGUGUGGCCGAACACUGCCUCCGCCCUCUCUGGGGAUCUCCAAGGUGGCGGUGGUUCAGGAAGGGUUAACAACAUAACCUACGACACAAUGUAUAUCAACAACGUCGACUACGCGAUUGAAGUCGAUCAGUGCUACGGCCAGAAGAAUCUUACCCUCUGUCUGGAAUACCCAUCCCCUCUUACAAUCACCGAUAUCGUGUUCAAGAAUUUCAUUGGGAAAACAAGCACAAAGUACCAGCCGCAGAUUGGUACGUUUGCUUGCAGUUCAAGUACAGUGUGUAAUGGCAUUGUGGCAAGCGAUAUCAAUGUCGUGAGCCCAGGCGGCAAGAAUGAGGCCUACUGCUUAAAUGUCGAUGCCUCUACGUUGGAUGUGGUAUGUACGGAUGUUUUUAAAGGGUUUAAUUAGCGGGUGAAGCAUCUUGAAUGAUGCGAUGCCCAUUUUCAGAUAGAGGCAAUGGAUAUUAAUGUUGUUUCCAUCUGUAUUCGAUUGUCUGUAUCCUCUUCUAGAACUCCUUAGAUUCUGAGUACUAGCCUCCGACGUGCACCCAAG